AUGUCAGUUUCUUUGGGGGCAGCAGUCUACAUUGCCUUAAAGCCUAUAUUGAAAAUCUAUACCAUCAUGGCGGUGGGUUACUUGCUGGUACGGUUCGAUAUUGUGUCGAUGGAGACUUCUAGAGGCAUAUCCAAUAUGGUUGUGAACGCAAUUCUGCCCUGCUUGACUUUCAACAAGAUUGUUUCUGGCAUUUCGGAUAAAGAUAUCAAGCAAAUCGGCGUCAUUGUUCUUUCAGCGGUUCUUUUAUUCACCGUAGGUGGUUCAUGUGCCCUGCUCACAAAGCUGAUAACACCAGCUCCCAAGAAGUGGUUUUGGGGGUUGCUUUUUGGAGGCAUUUUCCCCAAUAUUUCAGACCUUCCCAUUGCUUAUGUACAAAGCAUGGGCAACGGAUCCAUAUUCACAUCAGCUGAAGCAGAGAAAGGCGUUGCCUACUGCUGUAUUUUCCUGAUAUCUCAAAGCUUUCUAAUGAUGAAUUUUGGUCUUUGGCGACUGGUAGGUCUAGAUUUCAGAGACAGGGACACAGCCGACAACGAAAGAGAAGACACUGGUCUGAGUCGGAAGAGUUCACUGAGGAAGGAUGAUCUUGGCUCUGAACAUCAAGCCCAAGACGAAAACCUUGCCGCUGAAAAUCAGCGCUCGUACGAGCUUCAAAGCUUCAGCAGCAACGCUAUCGAGAGCGACAAUGAAGAUUUGACAACGGCUAGCUCCCGACCCGGUGGCCGCUCGCUAUCUCGCUCGAGAGCUAGUUCAGUGAAAAGCCUAGGUGGAUCACCUCGAGAAUGCCCCGACACCGAUUUAGAAGCCCAAACACGCUCAGCGGGUCCAAGCGCCCGAGAACACUCAAGACUUAAAAGAUAUUACUCGACAGAUAUCGUAAGCUUACCACAGAAACCAAGCCGACAUAACAGCCGGCGGUCAAGUUUGAGAAAGAGGGGACCCUCAAUUAGCGACGUGGUGCUCGAAUACAGUGUAGCCGACCAGAUCAGAGAUGGGGAAAUUGACCUUUCUCGGCCACUGACGUUAACUGAAGACCUGGGAUACAGGAACUCGACAUUCCGGACUAUGGCGCAGGAAAAUGGAUCGGACUCCAACACGAGCAUCGAAGAGGAUCACGAGUAUACAGUCACAAGAACCCAGACGUCCGCUGGUCGAAUCGGGAGGUUUCUGAAACGUCACAAAAUGGGAUGGAUCGAGUACGCCGUUAUAAACUUCUUUAGGCCUGCCUCCCUGGGAGCGCUGUUGGGAAUUAUAGUCGCAAUGAUUCCUUGGCUGAAAGCUUUGUUUGUGCCCACUGACGUGCACGUCCACAAUGCUCCCGAUGGCCUGCCCGUUCUAAACUUCCUGAUGGAUUUUACGUCAUACAUUGGGAAUGCGUGCGUUCCUUUGGGACUACUGUUACUGGGUGGUACAAUCGCUCGAUUAGAGAUCGGGAAACUGCCGAAGAAAUUCGUCAGGGUUGCCGUUCUGAUGACUGUUCUGAGACUCAUGGUGAUACCUAUCAUUGGCGUUGCCUGGGCUAAUAAGUUGUAUGAAAUAAACUGGCUGGAUAACGUCAUUGGCAAGUUUAUCAUGAUACUUACUUGGUCGAUGCCAAGUGCCACAGCUCAAGUAUAUUUCACCGCAUUCUAUACUCCGCUAGAGGGUUCUCACACGCAACUCGACUGCUUGUCGGUCUUCAUUUUGAUGCAGUAUUCCAUUCUUUUCAUAACUGUGCCCUUCGUCAUUACCUACACUAUCAAAGUUGACCUUCAGCUAUGA